CGGAGACGCGGCUAUGGCGGGCGCCGCGAACGAGGCGCGCUUCGCCGGGCUGUCGCUGAUGCAGCUGCACGAGCUGCUGGAGGACGAGGCGCAGCUCGCCGACAUGGUGCAGAAGAUGGAGGAGACGCAGACUGUUCAGCUUAACAAAGAAAUGACACUUGCCAGCAACCGGAGUCUGGCAGAGGGAAACCUUCUGUAUCAGCCCCAACUGGACACUCAGAAAGCACGUUUGACCCAAAAAUACCAGGAACUCCAGGUUCUCUUUGAAGCCUAUCAGAUUAAGAAAACCAAAUUAGAUAAACAGUCUAACAAUGCUUCCUUGGAGACUCUGUUAGCACUUCUUCAAGCAGAAGGGGCCAAGAUUGAGGAAGACACAGAGAACAUGGCAGAACAGUUUCUAGAUGGAGAGCUUCCUCUAGAUGCCUUCAUUGAUGUCUAUCAGAGCAAGCGGAAGCUGGCGCACAUGAGACGGGUGAAGGUGGAGAAACUCCAGGAGCUGGUGCUGAAGGGGCAGAGACUCCCGCAGGCCCCGGCCCCAUUGCCACCCAGGGUGUCUGAGCUGUCGCCUGCUGCCCCUCUGCCCUAUCCCUCCCUGGAGGCCAGCGGACCCCCCUCUGUCAUGCCUCGGCGGAUCCCACCACCACCACCCCUGGUGUCUGCAGGACGCUUAGCCACUCCAUUUACUGCUGCCAUGGGCUCAGGACAGGCUGUUCCAUACCCAGGAUUACAGUGCCCACCUCUGCCCCCCCGGGUGGGCCUCCCUCCUCAGCAAGGAUUCUCCACACAGCUGGUGUCACCAUACCCACCAGCACUUCCUCAAAGACCCCCACCACGGCUGUCUCCACACCAGCCUGGCUUCAUCCUCCAGUGAAUUCUGUCACCUUUCUGGGAGAAGCCCUCCGAUGGAGGUGCCAGGCUCUGCAAAUGGAGGCUGCAAGGUCCAGCUGCUGGCCUGAGCAUGGGCUUGGGUGCCAGCAUGUCCAUCUAAUUUUAGAAUUGUAGGUCAGUGGUAAGUAGUAGAGACCAGGUUUUUGUGCACCAAGGGAGUUCUGUGCAUGCCAGGCCAUAGCUUGGCAUGCCUGUGCAUCAUGUUAGUUUGUGUUCUGGGUAUGAUUUCUAAAUAUAGUAUUGACCAACUCAUGCAUUUGGGAAGGUAAAGCUUCUCCCCUCUCCCAUUUGCGAUCAUGAUCUUCCCAUUGCAGCUUUAUUUCAUAAGCAUGCUUAUCUGUUUUGUUUUCAAGUGUCAACCCACCAGCUGCUGCGGCUCUGGUAUGGACUGGUCUGCACUGGCCCACUCACAACAUGUGUCCACAGCCAGGCCAUGAUGGGCAGCUGUGCUGCUCACUGAGACUGUGUGGGGCGGGCCAUAACAGUCACUCCACCCUUCCCCGAACCUGGAUGCUUCUUGUACUUCAAAGCCAUGAGCACCAUUUGCACUUGGCCGCUGCGGUGUUCAGAGGCCAGGUGAGCAAUGGCCUGCGGUGCACACUGACCCUUCCUCCCUCAAGCUGACCCUGAGGGUUUCUAUGGAAAACUUCUCACCCAGUGUUUUUACUACAUGUGUGAUUUUCCUGUUUUUUAUAUUUGGAAAAGAAACUUUUUUGACACACUCAAUACCAUUCAGGGAACCUUUUAAAAAAAAUGCAAGUGGUGUUUUGAGCAGAAGAAAUGCAGAUGAGGUGAAUGCAAUUUGUUUUCAUGCAAACAGUGUAUGGUCAUACCUACGGGUGCCCAUGCUGUGCCUUAGCUUCACUUGGUGCCAGGACUCAGAUGCCUGAAUGGCUGCCCUGUUAGGUCCCAGAAGUCCUGCAUUCCCAGGUGGGCUUAUCCAAGGUCAUUGCUUUGUGACUGAUGGGGAAAGUCCAACCUCUUAUCAAGCAGGAUACACUCUGGCUGGCAGCUAGGCCUCAGGGCCAGUGGUGCUGCAGGCGUUGGGCAAGGCAUGGGAGGAUUUGGAAAAAGCACAGCCCAUAGGAUAGACAACGUGUCAGCCCCUCCUUCCCCCUGGGAUCUCAUCCACAGGUGCCACGUUGCAGAAUUCCCAGGGCCCAGCUGGGGGAGGGGCAGCACUUCACACCUGCUCACAGUUCUGUGCUCAUUGGUAGAAUUUACAGUUCCACCCUUAACCCUGCCCCUAUCACCUGAGUCAGGCAGCUAGGACUCAAUCUGUGACCAGCUGCCAGUUGGCUGCAAUCCAAGGUGACAGAAUCAAGGCAGAACUGACACUGAGCCUGUCCCAGGCAAAGCCACCAGUUUUUGUCCUCAACUUCUCUACCCCGCCCUGGACUUCUGUAUCAUAACCGUUUUGUAAAGAAACAAAGCUGUAUGGGAUGAUUCACUGCCAUCCAAACAGGUGGGUUUGCUACAUUCUGUGAAUCUCAAGAGACGGUGCCACCUCACCUGGAUACCUCUGUCACCAGCUGCUGUCAGGAGUGCCCACAGCCAGGCCAUGGGCCAUAGCCAAACAGGGGCUCUAUGUAUGUGUUGUGAAGGGGCCACCAGGUUGGCCUUGCCAUUGCUGCCUGGGACCAUCAGUUAUUGGGGCUGAAAAACUGUAGGACUCUUCUUAAUAAAUUGAGAAUUAUUCAUUUCA